GUCAAAGCUGCCUGCAUAGAAAUUGUCGGAGAAAAUUCAAGAUUGUUUUUUUAUCCCUAUUUUUUCCCUAUUGAAAUUUCAGUCAAAUUCUCCAUUAAUCAAAUUCUUCCUUUCCUAUUUCCUCCGCACGCGGCUUCUUCACAAUCCACAGUUUGUUUUUUUUUUGUGCGAUUCCCAAAUUCAACUAUAAUAAUCACCAGUUUCGUAGAUUAUUGAAUUUCAAACAAAAAAUUUGUUGUUGAUUCUUCAAAAUCAUGGCAUCGGCGGCGAUAUUCUCGUCUCUGCGGCGGCGGAGCUCGCCCUCGCUGGAGGCGUUUCUGGCGCCGGUGGAUUUACCAAACGCCGCCGUUUUGGAGGCUCUCCGCGCCGUUUCGUUGUCGUCCUUCUCCGGUAAGAGCAAAAAGGCCCCCUUUUUUCAGGGCAAGAAUUCGAGAUCUUUAAUCCGGAAAAUCAGCGUCAUCUCUGUGCUCCUCGACGCCCUAAUCGAUUUGGGGAUUUCGGGGAUUCCUCCGACUCUGUUUCUGUGCUUGAAGGAGUUGUACCUCCUGCUUUAUCGGUCGAAAAUCUUGAUCGAUUAUGUCAACGGUUCUAGCAAGCUAUGGCUGCUGCUGCAAAACCACUCGAUUUCCGGUCAUUUCCAUGAUAUCAAUCAGGAAAUCUCCACCCUUUUCGAUGUGUUUCCUUUGUCUGAGAUUGCUACUUUGUCUGAAGAUGUUCGGGAGCAAAUUGAUUUGUUGAGGAGACAGUCUAGGGAGUCGAAAUUGUUGAUUGAUAAGCGUGAUGAGUGUUCAAGAUUGAAGCUUUACUAUUUCUUGAAUGAAUUUGAGAAUGGCAGAAUCCCAGAAAUGAAUGAGCUGUACAUAUUCUUUGUGGAGAAAUUAGGGAUUUGCGAUGUGAAGAGCUGUAGAAGUGAGAUUGAGUUCUUGGAGGAGCAGAUUGUGAAUCAUGAUGGUGAUCUUGAGCCCUGUGCCUCUGUUCUCAAUGGAUUUGUGGCUCUGUUGCGUUAUUGUAGAUUCUUGCUGUUUCGAUUUGAGGAUGGAGAUGGGGAUUUGGGGAAGUGGAAACGUAGAGUUAAAGCAAAUGGAUUGAUCUCUAGAGAGAUUGCAGACACAUUUGUCACAAUCCCUAAGGAUUUCUGCUGUCCUAUUUCGUUAGAGUUGAUGCAUAAUCCGGUUAUUGUGUCGACCGGGCAGACGUAUGAUCGUUCCUCGAUUGCUAGAUGGUUGGAGGAAGGGAAUAGUAGCUGUCCGAAGACGGGGCAGAUGCUUGUUCAUAUGAAAUUGGUGCCAAAUCGCGCGUUGAGGAACUUGAUCUUGCAGUGGUGUGUGGCUAAUGGGAUCCCGUAUGAUCCACCGGAGAAUAGUGCGGAUGUGUGCACGUCUGCUCCUCCGAGCAAGGCUGCAGUCGAGGCAACGAAGGCGACUGCAGCUGUGUUGGUCGAGGAGCUGGCAAACGGGACACCACGGGCCAAGACUGUUGCUGCUUGGGAGAUUAGGCUGUUAGCGAAAACGGGGAGGGAGAAUCGGGCGUAUAUAGCUGAGGCCGGAGCCAUACCUCUUUUGAAACUGCUGCUUCCGUCUGCGGAUGCCUUUGCGCAAGAGAAUUCCGUGACUGCGUUGUUGAACUUGUCGAUAUACGACAAGAACAAGAGCCGGAUCAUGGAGGUCGAAGGGUGUUUAGGCGCCAUUGUCGGGGUUUUGAGAAACGGGCACACGACUGAGGCAAGGGAGAAUUCAGCCGCGACGCUGUUCAGCCUCUCGGCCGUCCAUGACUACAAGAAGGAGAUCGCGCGGGAAGAUGGAGCCGUGGAGGCUCUGGCCGGGAUGCUGGUGGACGGGACUGCCAGGGGGAAGAAAGACGCGGUCACAGCUCUAUUCAACCUAUCCACGCACCCUGAGAACUGCGCGAGGAUGAUCGAGUCAGGCGCUGUGAGAGUGUUAGUCGGGGCACUCGAGCGCGAAGGCAUCGCUGAGGAAGCUGCCGGUGCGUUGGCACUCAUAGUGAGGCAGCCUAUUGGGGUUGAGGCAGUCGGGAAGGAGGAGAGCGCGGUGCUAGGGCUGACCGGGAUGCUGCGUUGUGGGACUCCGAGGGGUAAAGAGAACGCUGUGGCGGCGCUUCUCGAGCUGUGCAAGAGUGGGGGCGCGGCCGCGACGCAGAGGGUGCUUAAGGCGCCUGCGAUGGCGAGCCUGCUGCAGAGUCUGCUCUUUACAGGGACGAAACGAGCUAGGAGGAAGGCGGCGUCGUUGGCGAGGGUAUUCCAGAGAUGUGAGAACACAUCGUUGCAAUUUGGGGGAUUGGGUUUGGGGUAUGCGUUUGCUAGAGGAAAUGCGGUUGCUGCCAUUGAUACAAGCUUUGCUGCUGAUGUUUCAAUGCCUCUCUCCAUUUCAGUGCCUGUGUUGUAGAGAUGUUUCGUUACCCCAUUCUUUUAAGUUCCAAUUUUUUUGUUUUCUUAAAUUUGUGAUAGUUACAAAAUUCAUUCAAAUAGUAUAUGGAAAGGGGGUUAUACAUAAAAGUUAUUUGUGCCUGCACAGUUUGUUUCUACUGUCAAUGUUUGUAAUUACAAUUAUUGUUAGUAUUAGUAUUGAUUGGUCUGAAUA